AUGGCCCCUGUUGCAAUUGAAAAGACUCUGCCAGGAGAAAAUGUCGUGAUAAAAUCAUGGACUCGCCCUGCACCCACCGAAGAGAGUCUGGAUUGGGCUCCUCUGGUUGAGAUUGAUCUGUCUCGUUUUGAUGAACCGGGCGGGAAAGAGGAAUUGGCCAAACAGUUGUACGACGCUGUGACUAGGGUCGGGUUUUGGGUGGUAGUCGGGCAUGGCCUGGAAGAAGAGCGUGUUAUCCGCCAAUUUAGUAUUGGGAACGCAUUCUUCAAAGAGCCUCUUGAGGAGAAGCGAAGCUUCGCAUGCAAUUUUGCGGAGGGCGAAUAUUUUGGCUACCGGGAGAAUAGCAGGUGGAUUGGAGAAACUGGUGUGAAGGAUAAUAUAGAAAUGCUCAAUAUCCACAAGCCAAUUUCUACAUGGAAGAAUGUUCCAAAACACAGGAUUGUACAUCAGAAUUGGGACGAGAUUGCAAGCUUCCAUCGCGAUUUAUUCGAGAAUGUCAUCAAAAAGUUGUUCGUCCUGCUCGCGAUCACUCUUGAACUUCCUGAGGAUUUUCUGGUUAACGCUCAUGCCUAUGAGCGGCGUUCUGAUGACCACCUGCGAUACAUGAUUUACAACACCCGAACGCAAGACGAGUGGGAUAAAGCACAGGGUUACACUAAGGGUGGACACACAGACUUUGGCAGCUUGACGUUGCUGUUCUCGCAAAAUAUUGCUGGCUUGCAGAUUCGAACUCCAGAAGGGGAUUGGAAAUACGUCAAGCCCGUUGAUGGUGGAAUUACAUGCAACAUUGCCGACACUUUAUCCUUCCUUACAAAUGGCUUUUUUAAAUCUACAAUUCAUAGAGUCGUCACACCGCCGAAGGACCAACUCAUCAUUCCUCGUCUUGGAUUGCUCUACUUUUGUAGGCCUGGGGAUCAUACCGCCAUGAGAACAGUGCCAUCACCACUGCUUGACCGUCUUGGUCUUCUUACCGAAGAAGAUAAAGAUACCGGCAAGCCUGUCGCCACAGGGACGGAGUAUGUCCGGGCUAGGGUACGCGAUGUCCACCAUAAAACUGUCAUUGAUCGUCGGGAGAACACAUCGUUUGAGUUCAAGGGAUUAAAGGUGGCAAACCAUUAUGCAUAG